AAAACAUAACCAUGACCUGGUAGGUGCUCUAUCGCUUUAGCCACCUAGGGAGUAUUCCAUCCCCCUUAAUUCUCCCUCUUUCAGAUGUCCACAAUACCCCAUUUUACCGUGUCUUUCACCUUCCUUUCGGCCGCAGCGAGCCAUGCGAGGCCGGCCGGCCAGUGCAGCAGUGCGAUGGUUGCUCCUCAGCGACCUCCACUUCAAGCACCAUGACUUGGAUCGGGUGCGGCAGACGGCGCAAUGGAUCGUUGAGGAGGCGGAGCGAAACCGAAUUGGGCGGGUGGUGGUAUGCGGCGACCUGCUGACGAGCCGCACGAUGCAGCCGACGCAUGUGUUGUCUUCAUGUUACCAUUUCAUCAGCCUCCUCAGUGACGUCGUGCCGCGAGUUCAAAUCGUGCUCGGCAACCAUGAUCUCGCUUACCGUCGCGACUACCAGACUACGGCCCUAAACGCCCUCAAUAUCAAGCGCCUGGACCCUUACGUUUCGGUACAUAGCGUCGUAUCUCAGCACGAGUGGGAUGGCCGACGCGUCUUACUGUUGCCCUUUCGCGAGGAGCAGAACGAGCUGACCGAAGCCGUGGCUGGUCUAGGGCCCAACGAGGCGAGCAAAACGGUUGCCUUUGCCCAUCUUGCAAUCAACAAGGCCAUCACGCAGCGGUAUGUGGUUGGGGAUGGCGUCAACAAGCCUCGCGUGGCGAGCUCCAUUAGGUACCACGGCCUGAUAGGCCCGGGUCCGUUCGCAUCUCUGGCCCGAACCUUCACGGGGCAUUUCCACAGUCACCAGACCAUCACCCAAGAACACUCCGGCAGUAAGAAGGCCGAUCUACGAGGGAGCCUCACGUACUUGGGUUCGCCCUUGCAGCUUAGCUGGGCCGACCUCUACGACGAACAGCGGGGCGUCGUGCUGCUCGACCCGGAGACGCUGGAGCACGAAUUGCUCAUUAACCCACAUGCUGUCGGCUACACAACAGCUGACGUGGAACAAGUUCUCGGCGGCGAGGUGGACGAGAGUGCCGUGACGGACAAACAUGUCAUGCUCAUCGGCAAGCUUACCCAUCUCAAAUACGUCGCGGCCCGUGACAAGCUUCUCUCGCUGGGCGUGCGGAGCGUGCGAAACUGGACUUCUACUGGAUUUGCCUCGCACGCCGACCGAUCUUCAUUCGGUGGUCUCGGCACGUCGGUGCCAGCGAGUGAUGCCGCCGUCCAACCCUUGGAGGAGCCCACCAAGGAUGAGACGGGUCCAGCCACAACAACCGCCGGCGAAUCGGCCUUUGGCCCUGGCUCUGACCUUGGCGCCGAACCUCGGGCUGAAAGACUCGACUUCGCCGCAGAGGCUCGCGAAUUUGUCCAGUCGCUGGACUUGGACGAGUCUUUUCUCUCGCGAAAAGACGAGUUAGUGCAGGUUGGCCAACGAAUGAUCCAAGCCUCCCGCGAAAUCGGUGGUGAGGAUAGCGAAGUCAAGGUUAACCACCGAGAUUUCCUUGAUAGGUCACCUCAAGCCAUCGGCACAAGGACUGCCACCGAGAUGGCAGGACCCUCUACCCACAUCUUCGUCGCGGAGCCGCGCAGACUUACCAUCACCAACUUUCUCGGUGUGCAGAACACCAUCACCAUCGACUUCGGACGUGACCUCCCGCGCGGAUUGACCUUCCUGGUUGGCGACAAUGGCUCCGGUAAGAGUACGCUCCUUGAGGCCAUGGCGUGGUGUCAAUUCGGGCGGUGUAUUCGCAGCGGUCUAGCCGUCAACGACGUCGUCAACGACAAUGCAGGCAAGAACUGCUCCGUCGUGCUGGAGUUCGCCAAUGGAUACACCAUAGCACGGUAUCGCAAGCACAAGAUUCACAAAAACCGCGUUGUCAUCUCGCUGCAUGGCGAGCCACAGCCGCAGCUCGAACACCCAGACGCCCGUUCAACGCAAGCGGCCAUCAACGAGCUGCUUGGCACCGAUUACGAGACAUACGUUAGGACGGUCGUGUUGAGUCACGAGAGUGCAGCGAGCUUUCUGAACUCUACACCAACGCAGCGGCGCGAUCUUAUCGAGGCAUCGCUCGGGCUGUCAGUGUUGGAUCAGUGUGGGCAGCUGUCGAGGUUGCUGCUCAAGGACAUCGACACCGACGUGAACAAGAUGGAGGGUAAGCUAGAAGGAGUGGCCUGGACGAUGAAACACAACGAGCAACGGCUCAAAGAUCUGGACCGGACACAGAAACGACUCGAGCAUGAGGCAAAGAAGGCUGUCGCAUCUUUAGAGGCAGCCAUUCAAGAAUCUACAAGCAAGAGAGUCCAGGCACCCGAGCCUAACGCGGACUUUCGCGUUGGGAUUUCGACCCUCCAGAAUCAAAUCCAGGCUGAGGAGGAAAGUUUACAGCGACGGAAGAGCUCUUAUGCCCGGAUGCGGGAUGAAUACUCGAAGCGUGCCGAGCCACCGGAGUCGACGUCAUGGUUGGACCGGCUACAGCAGCGACUAAAUCAACGACACGCGGUCAUAGCUGCAGCUCACCCCUUAGGUUUGCGCAAGUUCUUUCACGCCAUCGAGACAUCUACUCUCAACUUCCUAUUCAUGACCGCCAGGAGCCUCUUGCGCGUAUUCGGGAUUUCCAAGGACGGUCCUCAAGAAGCAACCAGCAGUCAAAAGAAUGAGCAAGAGGAGGCCAUCAACGGUCUGCGCCGCGAUAUCAAGGAAAGCAUGUCGCGGUUGCAGAGCCUGAAGAAUGAGGAGGCAAAGUUGAGCACUAACCACGCCGCCAUGCUUAACGAGCAGCUUGCGCAGACCAUCCGGGCUCAAAAGAAAUGCGAAGCCUUACAGCAAGAGGCCACCAUCAAGCAAGGCGACGCAGCCACAUACAAGCGCCUGGUAGAAAACGAGCAGUCAUCACUGCACCCACUCCGCUUGCAACACGACGAGCUCUCCAAUAAGCUUCAAGAGCUUGCGGGUAAUCGCGAGCUCUUCGUCUUUUGGUCCUCCGCUUUGGCAAAGCGCACCCGUCGCGCCUCUUCAUCUUCCUCACCCAGUUCCACUGCGAAGACAGCGGCUAACUUCCGCGAGCACAUCCUCGUCAAGUCAAUAUCGGACCUCAACGCGCUCCUGGCGCAGGCCCUUAUGGUGCUGUACGACGACACGCGCCACCACGCCCACGUCGCAACGGGGAUGCUGCGGUCGCUGUUCGACUCCGAGUCUGCCGACGAUACGGCCGAUCCAUCCCCCUCGGAGUCCGUUCUCGACGCCACCCUUGCCGUUAACCCCUCGCUCGCCUACAACAAGCGCUCGAGCGGCGAGCGCAAACGCGUCGACCUGGCGCUCUUCUUCGCGCUGCUGCAGCUGGCGCGGGCUAGGAGUGCGCACCGUGCCCACUACGUCCUCGUCGACGAGGUGUUUGAUAACCUCGACAAGGCGGGCCAGGCGGCUGUGGCCAGGUGGUGCGGCAUCAUGUCGCAGACGGUGGUCGGCUGGAUCGUGGUCAUCACGCACAGUCAGACCAUGGUCGAACGAGAUCCGGGGGAAGAGGCGACCAAGGCCUUGGUUGUGGAGGCGAGGAUGGGAAAGGGAGGCACGGAGCUAUUUAUUAACGACCGUAGGAUUGGGGGAGACUGAGAGGCCCUUCGAACACGCCACGGUACUGGGGACAUUGAAUCCUAUGCACUCAC